UACGGCGUGUGCACCGGGCCUGGCGCCCAGGGCGAGUACAGCGGCUGCUGGGCGCACGGCUUCGAAUCAUUGGGCGUCUUCACCGGGCCCGGCGGACACAGCUACCAGGGCCACUGGCAACAGGGCAAGCGCGAAGGGCUGGGCGUGGAGCGCAAGAGCCGCUGGACGUACCGCGGCGAGUGGCUGGGCGGGCUGAAGGGGCGCAGCGGCGUGUGGGAGAGCGUGUCCGGCCUGCGCUACGCCGGGCUCUGGAAGGACGGCUUCCAGGACGGCUACGGCACCGAGACCUACUCCGACGGAGGCACCUACCAGGGCCAGUGGCAGUCUGGGAAGCGCCACGGCUACGGGGUACGACAGAGUGUGCCCUACCAUCAGGCGGCGCUGCUGCGCUCGCCCCGCCGCACCUCCCUGGACUCCGGCCACAGCGACCCCCCGACGCCGCCCCCACCCCUGCCCCUACCAGGCGACGAGGGAGGCAGCCCAGCCUCGGGCUCCCGGGGUGGCUUCGUGCUGGCCGGGCCAGGGGACACCGACGGCGCGUCCUCCCGAAAGCGCACACCUGCGACUGGUGGAUUCUUCCGCCGAUCACUGCUGCUCAGUGGGCUCCGGGCGGGCGGGCGGCGCAGCUCCCUGGGCAGCAAGCGGGGUUCCCUACGAAGCGAAGUGAGCAGCGAGGUGGGCAGCACAGGACCCCCAGGCUCCGAGGCCAGUGGGCCCCCAGUCCCAGCACCUCCUGCCCUCAUCGAGGGCUCGGCCACUGAAGUGUACGCAGGCGAGUGGCGUGCUGACCGGCGCAGCGGCUAUGGCGUGAGCCAACGCUCCAACGGGCUGCGCUACGAGGGCGAGUGGCUGGGUAACCGGCGGCACGGCUACGGGCGUACCACCCGCCCCGACGGCUCCCGUGAGGAGGGCAAGUACAAGCGCAAUCGGCUGGUGCACGGGGGCCGUGUUCGCAGCCUCCUGCCUCUGGCCCUGCGGCGGGGCAAAGUCAAGGAGAAGGUGGACAGGGCUGUUGAGGGCGCCCGUCGAGCCGUGAGUGCUGCCCGCCAGCGUCAGGAGAUCGCCGCUGCCAGGGCAGCAGAUGCCCUCCUAAAGGCAGUGGCAGCCAGCAGUGUCGCAGAGAAGGCUGUGGAGGCAGCGCGGAUGGCGAAACUGAUAGCCCAGGACCUUCAACCCAUGCUGGAGGCCCCAGGUCGCAGACCCAGGCAGGAUUCGGAAGGUUCCGACACAGAGCCCUUGGAUGAGGACAGCCCUGGGGUGUGUGAGAAUGGACUGACCCCUUCAGAAGGCUCUCCUGAGCUGCCCAGCAGUCCUGCCUCCUCCCGCCAACCCUGGCGACACCCUGCCUGCCAGAGCCCACUGCCUCCUAGAGGGGACUGGGGUCCCUUCUCCAGCCCCAAAGCUUGGCCUGAGGAAUGGGGGGGGCCAGGUGAGCAGGCAGAGGAACUGGCUGGUUAUGAGGCUGAGGAUGAGGCUGGGAUGCAGGGCCCAGGGCCCAGAGACGGUUCACCGCUCCUCGGAGGCUGCAGUGACAGUUCAGGAAGCCUUCGAGAGGAAGAGGGGGAAGAUGAAGAGCCCAUGCCCCAGCUGAGGGCCCCAGGAGGCUCGGAGCCUGACCCUGUUACCAUGCCGGUCCUGAGGGGCCCAUCUUCGAGGGGUCCUGAUGCCGGGUGCCUGAUGGAAGAGUUUGAAGAGCCUGCUGCGACUGACAGGCCUGCCCAGCGGGGAGCUGCCAACCCCCUGGUGGUGGGAGCCAUAGCCCUCCUGGACCUCAGCCUGGCGUUCCUGUUCUCCCAGCUCCUCACCUGAGGCUACUUCCUGGCCAAGCUCUGGCUUUGGUUGCCUGCCUCUUCACCCCUUUGACCUGCCUUUUUCUCUUUUCCUCCCCCUAGUUGUUUUUGUUCCUAUAUUUCCUUCUCCUUUUCCUUUCUCUUCUGUCCUACUUUAUUUUUGUUUCUUGCUUUUUCCUUCCCUCUCUUCUUUCAGCGUAUCUCAUUUACUCUAGAUCUGUGUCUGUCUUCCUCACUCCCUUCCCCACCUCAACCUCCUCUUUCUCUAGAUUGUUUACAUAUGAAGGGCUUUUCUCUCUCAGAGUUGCCGUCUUCUCUGAGACACAUAAAUCUAAGUCAGACCAUUGCCCCUACACCCUUUCCACCUUUUCUUUAAACCUAAAUUUCACCAAGGGUGGGGGUUUGGUGUCCUGAGGAGUCUCCCAAAAGCUGAGCGCAUAGGAGGAAAGCAAUGGAGAAGGGAGUGAUUAAAUGCUGGACAGGGUGCUGGCUGAGCCACUGUGGCUUCCUGGCCCAAGCUGAAAAGGCUGAAGGAGGUGCCACCUCCACUUGUCACCUUGGAGGACAGUGUCUCCCCUCCCAGCACCCAGUUAGGUUCUUGGCUCACUGAUCCUUCCCAGAGGGAGAAAAAGGAAAGUGAACAAUAGAAUAACUCCCUAGAUCUCCCUCUUUCUUUCCUCAACAGCCAGUCUAUCUUCCAACCCCCUGUAAUGGCAUGCCAUGCCAUGCCAUGCCAUGCCAAGAACAAUGUGUAAAGGAACAAAAACUAUCCAAUGCAGCCAAGCCCACCCCCUCAGACCUUACCACUACCCUCUCUACCCUUAUGUGUUCCCCUAAAAGUUUAUUUGGUUGGUCUGGACUCACUUGUGGCCUUUGAUUAAAUUCCUAAGGGGCCUAAAAGAAGACACUUCUACUGCAGAGUGCUAGAGGCAUUUGAGCAAGGAUACCACUCCCCAACUCUGACAGUUGUGGUGGGGGGGAGGCACUUCUGGGGGAUGGAAACAAGAGCUCACAGGGCAGUAGAAGCUGUGACAGUCUAGUAGGCCCCGUGGGUUUUGUCCCUUCCCCCAUCACAUCAGAAUCUCCUGAAAUGAGAAAACAACAGAAGGAGGGGAUCCAAGGAAGCUGAUCUCCCACACUUCCCAGGCAGGGCAGAGGUGGGAGUCAAAUCCAGGGUGAGAGGUGGGUGGAGAGACCUGUUUGAGGUUGUGGCUGAUCCCUGGUACUAGCUUUCCCCCUGGGGGUAGGAAGCCCUAGGAAGAGGGGAAUAUGGGGUCCCCAGGGGAUUUUUCCUCCCUCCCCUGCAUGAGGCAGAGACAAGCUGCCUGCCAACCCCCUCCCUUGAGAAAUGGCCUUGCCCGGGAAUGCCCACCACAUAUACCCUCUUCUUUUUUCUAGUCAAACUCUGUUUACUCCUUGGCCUGCCUCCCUCCUUCCUCCCCUCUCAACCUUUACUUCUGAUUUCUAUUUCAUGGAAUUUGGGAUUGAAGUUAUACAACAGUGCCGCCAACACCAAGUCUUGCAGGAAAAAAAUACAAAGAAAUUUAACAAAAAAAAUAUAUUAAUAAAAAAGUUCAAAAAA